AAUGCCUUACUUUGGCAUUGUUUAUAUCUGCAUGAUGCUAUCAUACGCAUCAUCGUUAAUUCGUGCUGACGACCUUGACACUCUCCAGACAGAAUGUCCAGGACCAUUGGCAUUUUAUAAAGCAAUCGGAUGCAAACCAAUGGAAAAUGACGACAAUUGUGCAAAACAGUAUGACUGUGACAAUGUAAAAUCGUUACCAUCACAUACAUCUCAUGAUAAUAAGAUUAACGGUACUUCAUACGACGUCAGUGAAUCCUUGAAAGACGAAGAUAAUGUACGGGAAAUAUCGUCAUAUAUUAUCAAGAAUAACUGUGCUCCGGUGUAUGAUACCACACAAUCACCACAAACUGAUACUGCUGAUACAUAUAGAUGUCGUAAAUAUAUGAAGCCAAGAUAA